UAUAGUUAUUAGUUAGGACGGCCUGGCUUUUCAUGAAUGCCAAGUACACCAUGCAGCCUAGGUAUAUUCCAGUACCCUUUUUCUCCUUCUUUCUCCUCGUCCUAGUUAACUACUACAGUACUAGUGCUAGUUGCCAUGGCUUUCUUUUAGCUAUGGCACACUCAACAGCAAACAUCGCAAACCUCCAGACCUACAUAGUCCAUGUCCAACAACCACCUGGUCUUGCAGCCACAAGCUCUUCCGAUGCUGAUGCUGAUGCUGAGCGGGAAAUAUGGUACAAAUCCUUCUUGCCCGCACGCCUUUUAUUGGGUUCCGGCGAGCCCGAGUGGCUCUACGCCUACCACCACGUAACCAGCGGUUUUGCUGUCCGGCUAACAGAGGACGAGCUCUCUACCAUGAAGGAGAAGGACGGCUUCCUCCUCGCGUAUCCUGACCGUCUCAUCCCACUCCAGACCACUUACUCUUCUUCAUUCCUCGGUCUGGAGGAUCACGGAAAGCACAGUCUAUGGGAUGCUUCAAACUAUGGGGCCGGCAUCAUCAUUGGCGUGCUCGACACGGGCAUCGCUCCAAACCACACCUCCUUUAAUGACCAAGGUAUGCCGUUCCCGCCCGCCAAAUGGAAGGGCAACUGCGAGUUCCCGCCACCGGCCGGCUGCAACAAGAAGCUCAUAGGUGCAAGGAAUUUCAUUCGUGGCCAAAAUGCCAUGCGUGGCAUUCCAACAAACGUUGUAACCCAGCCACCCUACGACUCUGAGGGACAUGGGACGCACACCGCCGGCACAGCUGCCGGGAGGUUUGUUGAAGGGGCUGGCGCUUAUGGGAAUGCCAUGGGCUUGGCUGUUGGGAUGGCUCCGCGUGCUCAUCUAGCCAUCUACAAGGUCUGCUCGGAAAAUGGAUGUCCAACAAGCGAUAUAAUGGCCGGCCUCGAUGCAGCCGUCAGUGACGGGGUAGAUGUUCUAUCUCUCUCCCUCGGCGGAAAAUCAUUACCAUUCUACCAGGACGGGAUAGCCAUUGGGACGUUCGGGGCCAUUCAGAAGGGUGUUUUUGUUAGUUGCGCUGCUGGCAACUCCGGGCCUUCUGACAGCACACUGUCCAAUGAGGCACCGUGGAUUCUGACCGUGGGAGCGAGCACCAUGGACAGGAGCAUCAGAACAACCGUCACGCUCGGCAACGGACAACAGUUUGAUGGAGAGUCCCUCAACCAAGGGAUACCUUUCCCGGCUACCUCGCCGAUUCCCUUAGUGUACGCCGGAGGGAGAAGGCAAACUGCCACCUGCAGCACCCUAUCCGGUGUCAACGUGCGAGGGAAGGUGGUGGUGUGUGACAUGGGUGGCGGCAUAGGACGCGUCGCCAAAGGUUCCACAGUGAAAGCUGCUGGUGGGGUGGGUAUGAUCCUAGCCAACCUCCCGGAGAUGGGUUAUAGCACACUCGCAGAACCUCAUGUCAUCCCAACAUCUCAUGUUACCUACGAAGCAGCCUCCCAAAUUAAGGCUUACAUCAAAUCUGCCGCCUCAUUAACCGCCAACCCUGUGGCAACCAUCACCCCGAAAGGCACUUUGUUUGGAGCUCCACCUGUUGCUCCCAUCGUUGCCUACUUCUCUUCACGCGGACCCAGCCAGGCCAGCCCAAACAUCUUGAAGCCCGACAUCAUCGGACCCGGUGUCAACGUUCUCGCAGCAUGGCCAUUCCCAGUGGGACCUGUUGGUGAGUCAAACCCAUUCAACGUGAUAUCCGGCACGUCCAUGUCCACACCGCACUUAAGUGGCAUCGCGGCACUGCUCAGGGCAGUGCAUCCAAAAUGGUCACCGGCGAUGAUCAAAUCUGCCAUCAUGACAUCAUCUGACGUAACUGGAAGUGAUGGACAACUUAUCGGGGACCAGUUGCUGCGACCGUACAACCUGUUUGCUACUGGUGUGGGCCAUGUGAAUCCAACAAAAGCGUCCGACCCAGGGCUUGUCUUUGAUAUCGGCCCUCAGGAGUACAUCGCUUACCUCUGCGGCCUUGGCUACGACGACAAGCAGGUCAGCGCAGUCGUGCGCAGCUCGGUCAGUUGCUCAAGUUACCCAGCUGAAGUGGACCUCAACUAUCCGUCCAUCACUGUGGUCUUGGAUUCUAAGGGGUGGGCUAAUGCAACUAGGUUCGUCACGAAUGUCGGGCAGGCUGUAUCCUUGUACAAGGUCAAUGUGACACCACCACCUGGAGUGAAGGUCAUUGUUGAACCUGACACAUUGAGUUUCACGGCCUCGCACAAAGUUGAGAAGUUCACCGUCCAAUUUCAGGGAACAGCAGACGCCUCGUCUAACAGAGUGGGCUCGUUGACGUGGAGUUCGGGAACUAAUCAAGUGGCCUUGCGCAGCCCAUUACUGGUUGUGCCCUCCUCAUCGUCGUCUUUGUCGGGGAGCUCUGUCAUGGCUGCCAAGCAAUCAACCAUUUAUAUAUAAAUCUGUAUGGUAAUUAAUAACCAAACUCUCCGAAGUUGGCCGGGCUUCUAUCUCCACGAUCAUUAAUUUCCAGUGUUUUGUGUAAGGUCAUGGUUAUGGUCGGUAUCACUUAAUUUCCAGUGUUUCUUGGGUUGUUAUAUCUAAACUUUUAAAUAAAUAAUAAUUUUAAUCAA